UCCUGAUUUGAUUUAGUCGCAAGCGAAUUUCUUUGAAGUCAGCAGCAUGGUGUUACAUGCAAUGCCGACUAUUUGGGUGUUAAUAACUGUAUUAUUUGUAAGCGUGAGGGCAAAGCCGUGGCUUGAAGUUGAAGGUCUUACUAAUGACGCGAAGAAGGAUUCUAAUUUCAAUGGCACAGUCUCCAGUAAGAUUACUCAACUCAACGACCCAAACAAGCAAAUUAUGGUACAUUUGGUUGGUAACGGAAGCAUAGUUAUAAUUUGUCUUACACAAAAUGCGACAUCAGCACCAUCCAAUGCUUCAAACACAACCAACAGAAUAUACAUUUCCUAUGAUUACGGCGACAGUUACGAAGACAAAACUCAUUUAUUCAAAUUAAACAAUGGAAGUUUGGCCAGAAUCAAUAAUUUUUUCUUUUAUUCCAAAUACGAGUCUAGAAUUGUUUUUACUGAUGUAUACAACAAUGUAAUUUUCAUGACGAAGGAUAAUGGGAAAACCAUAACCCGGACAGAUCUGGAUUUUACACCGAACGACGUUUUAUUUCACGAGUUUCUUCCCGACAGGGUUCUAGCAGUGCAAAAAUUACAGUCCCAGUUGUGGAUAACUGAUGAUUUUGGGAAUAGAUGGAGAUUGUGGGACGGGGACGCGAACUUAUUUUCCUGGAGCCGAGAUGAAAACCAAGAGCCCAAACUUGUAUUUUAUACAACUAAUGUUCUGGAUGUGAUUUAUACAAAAGGAGAUUACAUCUUUUUUACAAGUAAACAUAGUGAGGAUAGAUCAGAUCUGUUUGUUUCACAUAAAUUGGGUAAACCCAGGAAAUGUACUUUUGAUGUUCCGCCGGGGCUGAACAGUCAAGAUUUCUAUGUUGUGGAUGUUACCAGUACCAGAGUGUUAGUUGCUGUUAGACAUACAGACGCAUUGUCACAUUUGUACUUAUCAGAAGACCUCAACAAAGACGAUGACGUACGUUUCUACCUUUCUCUUGAAGGAAUAAUGUGUCAUUUUCCCAAGAAAACUUGGCAGAAUACAUGGCUUGCCCGGGUUGAUGACGUGUUUGCUGAUGUUUAUAAGGUGAAAGGUGUAAAUGGUGUCUAUAUCGCAUCCCAACUUACAGUACGAAAUGAUUUGGAUUUAGCCCACGUCGUUACUUUGAUUACAUAUGAUCACGGUGGCUCUUGGAGGUGUCUAAAUGCUCCUGUGUACGAUAGUGAAGGAAACCGCAUCGAACGCCCUCUAUCAGAGAAUUGCUCCUUACAUCUUCAUCAACACUUUAGUCAUAUCCAUCCGGAUAUGAGACUGCAAAAUAUAGUAUCAAGUGAAUUCGCGCCUGGUAUAGUUAUGACCACCGGUGUUAUCGGAAGAUCUCUUAAGGUUAGUUUGAAAUAUGAAAGAGUCUAAAGAAUGUCCUUAGGGCAAUUAGCCCGGGUCAGAGAAGAAUGUAUACGAUGGGCUGUGUAAACUUAAAAAAACCAUGUCAUUGCAUAGAAUAGAUGGGUAUAGACAAUCAACUCUACACGUAAUAAAAUUUCCCCCCAAGGUCUGCAAAAGCC